GGGUGACCUGUCCCAAGCAGGUGUAACAAGUGAGGGUGUCUCAGGGAUAGCUGUACACAGAACAUUAUGGACUCGCGUCACGUGAGAUUUUGCCUUCUCGACGAGCCAAUGGCGUCUCAUGGAUCAUUUGAGCCAACAGACGAUGCAGGCACUACCAUGUCGGAGACAGGGGUGUUAGCCGUCCUCAAACAGAUUGCGAACAACCAGCGGAUCAGCAGUAGUGAGGUCUGGCACAAGAAAAGAGCUGACGGGAAGAAGGUCCGUGUACUAAUCAAGGCGUCUAUCGUCACUCUAACGGAUAUCGACACCGUGAAACAGUCCUUCUCGGCUGAAGUCUGGCUCUCCGCCUGCUUCAAGGAACCGCUGCUCAAGGGGAAGAAAGACAGAGAGGAGGUUGAUUGGGCGGACCAAUGGGAUCCGAGGAUCGUGCUGUUCAACGCCGUGACUGUGGAUAAAGAAGAGAUCAAACACAACCUGAUUCUGAACAACGACAUGGAUGACAUCCCCAUCGUACAGAUCACAAGGAGGGUCCAGGCAACCUUCAAGGAACCGAUGAAACUUGCAAACUUUCCCUUCGAUUACCAGAAGCUGACCAUUAAAUUGAGGUCCAGAUGGCCGAUUGACCAGGUGGAGCUCAGGAAGAACAUGGGAGCUAAGGACACCAUCCGGACUGAUACGUUUACGGCUUCCCAGGAGUGGAAGCUGUAUGGGCAUCUUCUCUGUGAGCAUGACGUCACGAAAAGGGACCUGUCUACGUCAGACAAACAGUUCCCGCUCUACAACAUCACUCUGCACGUCAAGCGGAAGACAGGCUUCUACGUCUGGAACGUCGCUUUACUUAUGUUCCUGAUCAUGUCGCUAUCGUUCACGGCGUUCUCGGUGUCUCCCGACAAGCCGGAAUCCCGCCUGAGCGUCAGCCUCACGCUUCUGCUAACUUCGGUGGCUUUCAAGUUCAUGGUCUCACAGAACCUGCCGACCAUCUCUUACCUAACGCUGCUGGACAAGUACGUGUUGUUGUGUAUGAUCUUCCAAUGCCUGGUGGCGGUACAAAACGCGCUGGUUUCCGCCGUGCCUAACCCACAGGUGUUUGACCGCAUCUCCAUGGCCGUUUUGGGAGGUCUAGUCAUCUUUGCACACCUGGUGUUCGGGAUCCUCAUUUGGAGAAAGAAACGGAAGACCAACGCGCUGUUGAGCCGGGCUAAAAAAGAAUAUCUGCGUACUGGCACCUCAAUCGAGCGGUUUUUCCAGAGGACGAAGUGCAGCAUCACAGGGUUCACUGACGGAGAGGUCACCAGGGUUCAGGGUUCCUGAAACUGGUACAAAUCGGUUCAAACCCGUUCAAACCGGUACAGACCUGAUCAAACCGGUACAAACCUGAUCAAGCAGACACAAACAACUUCAAACCGGUACAAACCAGUUCUGAACUACAGAACAAUCACUGGAUUAUGGAACAACAAAAGAAUAUGAAAAAUCAUUUUUGUUACAAGCGAAAUUACUGUAUGUGCCUGCUGGCGGGCUAUCUUACAUACAGCUUUAAAUUAGUCAUGUCGUAUUUUUCUACUUCACCCA